UGUGGCGGUCGUGGGUCGUGGCAGACGCUGUCUGCUAUCCGUGACCGUACAACACCACCUAGAUUGGUCCGUACUGUGAGGCUGCUGUGCUUCAGCUGUGAUAGAGUUUUCGAGGCAUCUUAGGAAUUCGUCUUUCUUGUGUAGUGUCUAGAAAGUCGCUGCCCAAAAUGUCUGAUCUUAUCAUGAUUUUGACGGGAGCUAUCUCUCUGGUCACUAUCAUUCUCAUCGGCUUGCUCGUUUGGAGGGGCAGCACGUCAAGUGAGUUUCUUUUUAACAACAUAGGCACAUUUCGGUCUCCUGAACUUGUCGCGUUGUCACGUACCCCCACGGAAACUUUGGCUGAGUGUUCUCUAGUGCGGGAAAUAGAUGACGAUGAUGAAGAAGAUGAUGAAAUGUUGGAAGACAUGGUAGCAAUGCCUGAAGGAAAGAUUGGAGCUAAGAAGCGCAAGAAGCUUGAAAUGAAAGCUGAGAAACGGGCACAGAGAGAAAGGGACUUGGAGGACCGCGAGGAGCGCCGCCAGAAGCAGGCACUUGAUGAAGAGCGAAGAAAGCAGGAAGAGCAGCGAGAAAAGGAGCUUGAGGCUGAACGGGAAGCAGAAGAAAAGCGGCUAAAGGAAGAGAAGGAAAAACAGGAACUAGAGGAAUAUCUCAAGUUGAAGGAAGCAUUCUCAGUUGAAGGAGAAGGAUUCGAUGCUGCAACUGAAGAAGAGGCUCAAAACAAGCUACAAGAAUUUCUUGACCAUAUAAAGAAAGAAAAGGUUGUCAUUCUUGAAGAUCUAGCUGCAAAGUUUCAGUUGAAAACUCAGGAAUGCAUUGACCGUGUACAAGCCCUGCUAGCGGAUGAAACCCUGGUAGGUGUCAUCGACGAUCGAGGAAAGUUCAUCUACAUAACACGGCAAGAGCUUGAGGAAGUGGCACAUUUCAUAAAGCAGAGAGGACGAGUGUCCAUAAGUGAGCUUGUUGACAGCAGCAAUUCACUCAUCAACCUGACACCAGCAGCAUGACCUUUGUACUAGAGCUUUUAUACAUUCUUAUAAAGACACAAGUGAUAUAAUUGACUGUGUUGUUUGUGGUUGUGUUAUAACUAGUAUGUCUAUUGAUGAAAAUGAGCGGAAAGACUUUGGAGCAAGUUUUUACAUUGAUAAUUUAAUUGAAGUGAGUAGCAAUGAGGACAUGCUCAUUGCAUUCAGCGAGAUUAAGUAUUCUGCAUUUAAUCAUAUGGCAUGUUACUCAGAAUUUAGACUUGAAUGUUACACUAUUCCCUACGUAGUCUUUGAAAAUGUUAAUGUAAGCUAGGAAUGUGGAAACAGAAAAUUUUCAUCUAAAAAUGUUGCUAGACAUAAUUGUCACUCUCACCUUGUGCACUGAAAGCAGCAUUAUGUUGAUGUUUACAUAUUUUGCUUUAUCCUUGUGUCUUUGUGAGCUGGCGAAUUAAAUACAGCCACUGCAUAAAA